AGAAGAGAAGGUUCAAAAUAAGAGUAAUUGCAAAAAAAAAUGAAACAAUGGAUUUAUCUGUUGUAUUCUUAAGCGGCCUAUGCAAAUAGUCUUCAACUUUCUACCUGUCUUUACUCAUAUUUUGAUGUUCGUUUUCUUCUUAAUCUCUUAUCUCGUUUAGUCCUCGCAUUCACCAAGUUUUCGAAGAAAAGAAAUGUGCAAAUACACUCCGGUCAACUAUGUCGGUGCACAAAUUCAAAUCAUUUCAAUGCAAACAGUUGAAGUGAACAGUUGAAGUGAACAGUCGAACUUGUCACUUUUUUUUACUUUGAAAAACUUGGAUCUAUUGACAAAAAAAAAUGUUAUUAUUCAAAUUAUUAUUUGGCAGUAUUAAUUUACUGGUAGUGAUUAGUUUUGUCAGCGCCGCACAAAUACCAGCAAGUGAUAAAAAAUUUGAACAAACCUACGUCAUUGAGCCGAGCCCCCCCGAGGGUGAAUUGGAAUUAACUACGAUGUAUCCACCUCUUAUUGAAGGCGAACCGAGUCCUCAAGUUAUUUCGAACGUAGCACCAGACGGAAACAUAAAUGAUACAACCAAACUGCCAGACGGAUCUGUAAGCGACUACGCCAAUGGUCAAUUUUAUCCUCCUCCGCCAUCUUUGCCACCAUACUAUGGACCACAAUAUCCAUCGCAAUAUCCAUUAACAUAUCCUCCGUUAUAUUAUUUGCCACAACCACAAAAUUUAGCGCAAUCAAAUGUUCCAUCGUAUUCUCCAUCAUAUACGUCGUAUUUACAGCAACCGAAUUCCGCACAAAAUCAGCCGGCAGCAUUUCCAAUUGAAUAUCAAGGAUUUAUAGUCCCUGUGGACAUGCCGUCAAUACCGUCACAAGAACAAACACCACCGGCACCGACACUACAAACUAAAGAGAAUAAAAUUGCGCCCGGUCGUAGCGGUUAUGAUUUGGCACUCAUUUUACAACUAUUGCCGCCAAACGUUCUUCAAGCCGUUGUUGCAUCGAUCAAUUUCGUUUUAAAUUCGUUCAGUGUCAUGGCAUUUAUGGCUGCAGCCGUGUCAGCAGUAUGCUCCUUGACUCCCAUUUGCACUCUUCUCAUUCACUCAUUACCAGUGAGUGUACAACGAAAAUUCAACAACACAGACGGAACUGUGUUUCAACGUGUUCGACGUAGCAUUGAAUUUUACGAGGGAAUGCAACAAAGCGUUAAAGCUUUUGAAAAAUCAUUUUUAACUAAAAAACGCUAAAAUGUGCCGAAACAUUAAUCA